AUGGCGGUGGCCUCAGUCACUCCCUACCCUAGGAUUUGUUUUCUCUUCGAAGCAGAGGGUAAGGGAUACAAGGGAAUUCUCUUCUCUUCAAUAUUCUCUUCUUGGUUUCAGAGGUGUAUGAUCAACUGAUUUGGCAAUAGAGGUGAGCAAUAUUUUACUAUAGAACAGCUGAUCCUAGCAAGGAGUAAGGUUAUCGAGUCUGAGCAGUAACACAAAUAUUCAUCUGUAAAUCUUUUUGUUGAGCUCGAGUAUUUUAUAUCUUUAAUGGGCCUUCAAAGAGGUCGUUGUAUUCCUCUGCCCAUGAAAGCCUUCUAUUUUAAAAUUUUAUAAAAAAAUAGAUUUCAGGAUUUUAGCAAUUUCUUCAUUUUAAAACCAUAUAUAAAUCGAUUUUUUGCCUGCUCUUCGGCGUGCCACCAUAAAAUCUUAAAUCCACAAGGGAUCGCUUGGAUCUUUAAGUAGAGAUAAAUCUUUAGAGAUAAAGAAAAUUCUAUUAUUUUUAGGGCAAUGGAAUGCUAUGGGCUUCUAAAUAGACAGGAAUUGGUUAUUCCGGAGGAUAACUAAUAAUAGAAGUUACAUGGGAGCAAAUUAAAAAAGGAAGAAAAUGAUAAAAAAAAUCAAUAGUUAAAAUCUAAUCCGGAGUUAUGGUUUUCCUUCAAACACCAUUAAGAUCCACCCUUCACCUCGUUCUCCCCCACAUGUAAUCUGGGAUUUUCCAAAAGGACGGGUGGGGUUUCUAGAUCGGCCAGGUGCGGCCGCUGCUGUUCCAGCUCGUAUCGUUCAUUCUCUCUCAUGCAUGAGUCAUCCAUUCUCCCUAUACAUGUAGAAAUGGCUUCGACCAAUGGGAUCUCUUCUUUCCUUUUCAGCCAUCUUCCUGUGAAACGAGGAAUAUGAUAUUCGCAUGUUUUCUUGAUUACCAGAGGGCUGAUGCCUCUACAUUAGCUUAUGAAGCUUGUCUCGAUAGAGCUAUGAGGUUAUGAUCAUAGCGGGAGACCAUCUGGGGCCUGUGGCAUGAUCAGGUGAAGCUAGUCUCGAUAGCGCUAUGAGGUUAUGAGGUGGGUUCAACACGACAAACAGUCUUUAAUGAUAAUAUCCCCUCAGGAUGAGAGUGCUAGAGAGAGAAACUUGUGCAGGGCUUCCUCAUAGCAGGAUACCCCUCCGAGCCCUGUGGCAUGAUCAGGGGCUUGCUGUAUUUGCUUCUAUCCUUUCUUAGGAGUAACAUGGAGGAGUGGGUGGUGGGAAGUUCUACGCGUUAUGAUGCCACACCAGUAAGGAAUCGUGUUCAUGAGGAGAAGAAAGUUCUUGCCUUUUUAUCCUUUCUGGGUCUUCUCAAUCAGAAACUACCUACCAUUGAGUCCAUACUGCGUUGGGUCGCUCAAAAAUGGCUUGAAAACUUAACCCAGAAACGAGAAGAGGGCUUUUCUUCAAUCCGUUGACUUGGCAUCUUGCAAUGCGCCCCAUAGCCAUAGUCAAAAUUUGCUUUCUUUCCAUUCCAUGAAAUGGGAUUGCAUCUGUGCCCUCAUUCUUUCUAAACUACUCCACGACUGUCGCACGCGGAAAAUACCCUCUUCUGAGGUGUCCUUCCUAGCUGCUGCUCAACUAUAUUCGAGUUAAUAAGGUGUACAAGCAAACAAAGUUCUUACAAGGAUAAAUGUGAUGAAUUUUAAUAAGGGUAUUUAUGAAAAAUUCGUUUAAAGUUUAACCCUUCCCCAGGCGGAACACUGAAUCUCCAAGGUGGCAGGCCUAAGAUCAUAAUCCUUCCUGGUAAACUCGGCCAGGCCUAGGUUCCGUUAUGUUGACGUCCUUUUCAUUUAAUUUACCCAAAUGCCCAUUUCGUGACACAGACAAAGCCCAAGUGGGCAGGCUGGUAGGUACCAAGCCAUUCAGAUGUCUAGUUGAGAUGGAGAGCGGGAGAGAGAAAGGGAGAGGGGAAGCCAGCUCGAAGAACUGGCAACGAGGAGACGAGCUAGUUAGCGCUUUAAGAAAGGAGGGUUUUUCUUGCUGUUGUUUACGUGCCCGUGAUGGGUUACAAAUAGCCCAUUGGGAAACGCCAUAUCCGCAUAAAAAGGUUCAAAGAUUGAUACUUUUCUGUUUGGCUACUUGUUUCCUAGUUAGGCACGCCUUGAAGAGGGCCGGUUUAAAACCAGUAUUUUGACAAGCCAAUAAUAUCUCUUUGGCAGUCUUCGGAUCCUUUUUUAUCUGAUUCCUUAAUUUCCGAUAAAGGUUUGACAGAGGCCUUAAAAGAUCUCACUUUGAUUCCUAUGGAUAUUGAAUGCAGUCAUCGGCAAAGUCUGAACUCUCUCCUGCGUAUUAUAAAUUACUUGUGUCUUUCGUUUUUACGUGGAGCGGGCUCCUGGCCACCCGCGGGAUGCGAAGAGGAGGAAUCAAAUAUAAUAAUAAUAUUGUGCUGAAGGUACUCGGCUACUUCCUUCCCCAGCUCGUUGUGGCCUGGCACUGGCAGGGGGAGGAAGCCGGCCCCAGCCACGUCCACACUAUCUUUUCCCCUGCCUGAUGGCCUCGACGACCUCGAUUUGUGUCCGGUUUCCCAGUUUUAGUCUUUUGUGAGAGUUACCCCUGGUUCCGCGGUGCGCCUUACUCUGCAGCAACGACGGCGGUCGCGACACAGCCGCUUAGUUGGCCACAUUGCUGGCCCGCCUCCAUUUUCAGACUUUUCCAGGGGUUAUAUAUCCGACCGACCCUUUUUGUGCCAGCUUGAGAAACUCGGCGUUGGCUUCCACUGGGGCCGAUCGGUGGGAAUCCCGUCUCUUUGAGUGUUUUCUGAAGCUGGGUUUCCUCUCUGGGAAGACAUUUCAUAACUCUGUGGAGAUUACAGUGUCCUGA